AGUAAAAUUCCAAAUUACAUUAUAAAUAUCUGAAUUCCUACCGACAUCCUAAAAUUCCUAGAAAAUAACAUAAUUCUGGAGCUCGAUUUGAAAAGGUCGUAAGUAACAAAAGUAAAUAAUUCAUGCUUAUUUCACCAUUCGAUAGAUUCUACUCAGCUUAAUAUGUGGUUAAAAAAUCAUUUUGAUACGAUAUUUCUUAAAAAAUAAAAUAAAAGUUAUCACUUCGACGAAAUUAACAAAAACUAAGAACAGUGAAAAUUUGUUCAUUCGUCCUAUUGCGUAUUAGGUCGAAAGUCGCAAAAAUGCCUAAUUCCGAAAAAACGUGUAUUCGACCUUUUGUCGCCAAAAGGUCCCAUGAGCGACAGCUGUCAAAAUAAAUGAAAAAAGUGGAUACGACGCUCGUGUAAUAUUGAUUUUAUUUCAUUAUACAUAUUGUUUAUCAAUAUUUUAACGUCUACACCAAGCCACACAAUCAACAAGACAAAAACAGCUUUGGUUCCGAAUAAGCUACUACACGAUGAACGUAAGCGUAAGACUGUCUGUACAUAUAACAUAUUUGUAUAACUAUUUGCAUUUACAGAUCACGAAGCCUUCGCAUCCAUUAUACCUUCUAGUAAUCCAUAUUUCAUUUUCAAACACAUCCGGAGAUAUGGUUCAAGAUGCGUCUUUCAUCAAUAUCGUCACUUCAACACCGAGCUCAACACCUCUUCCGGAACCUCGCCCGGAAUAUCAACAGACUACUUUCUCUGCUCUGGCCAACGAAUCAGCGACAACAAACAAAGAGUUUAUAUCGAAAAAACGAUUAUUUGAUUGUGAAGACAGUAAGCGAUUGUUCAAGGAAAAUGAUCUGGAAGAGAGAAGGCUGUACGAUUCGAGUAGCGAUUGUGACGAUUUUGAUUGGAAUUUGGAUAACGUAUCCGAUACAACAGACGGAAGCCACCAGGAAGGUGAUGCAUCUGAUUUAGCUGACCUUUCUAUUUACGAGUAUUUCCAAAAGUAUCAUACUCUUGAUGAUCUCGGCUCGGAGUAUUGCUUGGAGAAUGCCAAUAACGAAUCCACUGAACAAGUUAUCGUUGAAGGAGAGACAGCAACGCUUCCAGAACAUACGGGAAACACUCGGAGGAUCAACAUAAGUAUCCAAGUCGUCGACGAUAAGGUCAAAGAAUGUUUGGAACCAAUCAUCAGCAAGGCCGAAAUGCGAGCAACAAACAAAAGACGAAAGGAAAGAGGCUUGGAAUACACUCGGCCAGAUGGCGUAAUCGUACGAGCGAGAGAACUAAGACCUCCUUGUAAUUGUAAGCGUAAAUGCAGCGAAAAGUAUCCCGACUCCAUCCGCUCAAGGCUUUUAGAACAGUUAUCGAGUGUGAAGCUAUCCGGACAGAACCAGUUCUUGGCCAACCAUAUGGUGGUGUCCAAAACAGCAAUUCCAUAAAAAAGCAGGGCUGGUAGCAGGUCUCUUCGAAGAGACAUUGUCUCUAUUUUAAUGCAAGUCUCCUUAAAGUAUUUAAUUUUGAAUGAGAGCUUUAAUUUUAGAGAGUUUAGAGAGUUGACUGUUGUAAUAAACUUUGUUUUCGUUUACUUAUGGGUGGAUAUUCUACUUAACAGCUCGAAGAUUUAUUAUCAAAAACGUGUUUUCAAAUAUGUUAACUUUUUUGAAAGGGCCUACUA